GUCGUUCGUUCUUGACCAAUGCACUGAGCAUUUUCGGUCUUAUCAUCACUAAUCACUAUUAUCAGCCAAUGGGCUCAACUUCCUGGUCAGCAAGGGGCACUACUCUAAGCCCUAACCUUAUAAAUACUAGGCCUAGGGCCUACUGGUUACUUGUUGAAUGAUAGGCCUACCUAACUGAACUGAAAGUAAACAUUUGCCACAUUUGCCGCAUCGGCUUGUUGAUACUGAGACGACACACUGAUUCUAUCAAGUUCUCACUAUGGAUGGAAAACUCUUUCUUCUUCUUCUGUGUGCCUGUGAAUGCGCUGCAUAUCUGAAAGAAAACAGACACAAGAACGAGUCCUUUGACUAUCUUGUACUUGCCCAGUUCUGGCCAGCAACAUCAUGUUACAUUUACUUUGGAAAAGAACAUUGCAGCGGCAUUCCAAAGGCUGUGACUGGAUGGACCAUCCAUGGCCUGUGGCCAUCAUCAGAAGGGGAACCUCCUCAGUUUUGCAACACUUCUGCCAAGUUUGAGUUCAACAAGAUAAAAGGCUUGUCAACUCAACUGAAUACGCAGUGGCCUUAUUACAACACAAGUGGUGAUACAACUUUUUUAUGGGCUCAUGAAUGGGAAAAACAUGGAACCUGUGCCACAAGUGUACCGGCUUUGAAUGGAGAAUUUAACUACUUCAACUCCACUCUUACGCUGCAGAAACCACUCAACAUAUCUGGGAUUCUGGCAAAGCAUGGCAUCCUGCCUUCAUUGAAAGUCAAGCAUAGGCCUCAAGAGUUCUUUGAUGCGAUCAAAGCUGAGCUGGGUACCAUUCCAAACAUAUGCUGUGUGUACGAUGAAGCGAGUAAACAGCACUACAUAGAGCAGGUUUACCUCUGCUACUCAAAGUCUUUCCAGCUUCAGGACUGCCCAUAUGUCAACAGUCGCAGGGGCUUAAACAGGAGAGCGAAGAGGGAGAUGGUACAGAAACAUCAUCCCCAUCAUCAGAGCUACUUUGAUGACUGCCCGGCACAAAAAUCGAAGGGUGUUUUUUUUCUCCCCUUCAGACCUCCUAGCAUGGAGCAGAAGGAGACAGUCCUGUAUUAUCAUUCUGAAUUCAAAGAGGUUAUCAGUUGGCAUUGAGAAGUUUAUCCUGAUGCAAAUGUGCCGAGUUUGAGAGAGUAAAGUGGGGCUCUCGUGGCUUAGUGCUAACGAUGCAGACGUAGUGCUUGUAUGACACAAUGCGGUUCUUGUAUGUACUCAAAGACGACAUUCGGAGUCCUUUGGAACAAUGUUCAUAUAUGUGUAUGUAAUGAUUAUUAAGAGUUUUGUCCUCCUGAAUGAUAUUUUUUGGUGUAUUACAAAUUCAUCGAGUCAUUUCUCCACGGCACAGUAAGAUUCUCUUAUUAUGAAGUCCAUGUUAUCUGAGAAAGGAAACAUUGUGUGUUUCAAAAUCUCAUCAUUCCAUAAUGAAUAACACGGAAAGUUAUUGAAAUACUGUUCCUACCAAAGAAUACACUGGGGCAUGCAUUUAAAGAGUUUUACAUAUAUUAUAGUGUGUGCAUGCAUUUAAACAGUUUUACAUAUUGUGUUGUUGUGACUGAAGGAACAUAGUAUUUAACUGACUGUUAGAGAUGUACUUCUUCCUCCGAGACCUAACGUUGAUAACACACUCUAUGGAACAUUACAGCAACUGCAGCAAACUUGCACUGAUCAUUACUUGGCAUUGGAUAGAAGAGCGAGAGCCCAGCUGUUGCUGGAUCAAUGACAACAAAAACAAUAGGACACUGACUGUUAAUGAUUUACUUUCAAAACUAUUCAAAUUAGCCACCCAUUGUCGAGGAGAAAAAGGGUUUGUCUUAGACAGGUGAACAUCGUGAACCGCGUCAUUAUAAUAUUUUAAAAAACCCCGAAUGGUGGGAAGUGGUCAUUUAUACAGUUGCUUGCCUUGGACAGAUGUCCGUUGGAACAAGUUUGACUGUUAGGAUGAUAAAACUCUGUACAGUGUAGUGCCAUUCUGUGCUGGAAGAACUACUGAUUAAGUAGAAUUUAGUGUAUUUACAGGGUGAUCCCAAAAAAAAAUAAACAACAUUUUUUCUAAAUAUCUCGCACAAAUGUUGUUCUAGAAAGAUGAAAUUUGGAACAGAAAAACUUCAUUCAAAAGAAAUUUGUUUGACAUAAAAUUCAGACAGAAGAAACUUGUUUUCAGAACAGAAAAUACAUAAAGACAAAAACAACCAUAAAAGGCAAAAUACGCCAAUUUAAAAAGGAGACACUCUCGCAAAGAAAGUCAUGAGAUGAUUGCCGAUUGAUUUGAUUUUUGUCUUCUUUUUCUCUAUAACAUAUAAUUGUUCAAACUUUGUGACAUUAAACAAUAUUGAACAUCUCUUAGGGAGGUAAAGAACUAACAUUUUUGUUCUGGAAUUUCUAAAACAAAUGCUCCACCUGUCCUCCUUUGGAUUCCAGACAUAUUUUAACGUGUCGUUUGAAAUCCUCGAUGACGGCCAAACACAGUUCCCGUGGAAUGUUUCUCAUUCAUCAUGGAUUGCUUGUUUCAUAAUUUCAAUGUUUUCAAACUGGUUUUGAAAUGUCCUGUCCUUCAGAUAGCCCCACAAGAAAAAGUCUAAAGGAUUCAGGUCAGGAAAAUGCGGAGCCCAAAUGUGUUCACUUCUGCGACUGAUCACAUUAUCUCCAAAGUGUUCAGCUAGCCAUAUCAUUGAUCUGACAGAAAGGUAUGGAUUGGCCCCAUCUUGCUUGAACCACUGGCCUUGGCGAUCCAAGUGACGGGGUCUCCCCAGAUCCAUCCAGAAUUUCUUCAGCAACUCGAUAUAUCGGUCUGCGUUCACAGUUGCAACAUGUUCGUCUGUGUCUUCAAAAAAAGGACCCACAAAACCAUGAGUGCUUAAAGUGGCUUCGGGAGAGAGUAGGGAGGUGGGUGGGAUGCCCAAUAGACAGCAUUUUGGUGUUUACAUAUCAUGAAAGUUGAAAAUGCGCUUCAUCACUGAACCAGAUGUCAUCUAAGAAACUCUCACGUUCUCCAAGGCGGUCGAGCAACCACCGACACAUUGCCCCCUUCUGUCCCCAGUCAGUCUGGCAAAGCGUUUGCCUAACAUGAAUAUGGUAUGGGCGUAAGUUAAGGUCUACUAUAAGAAUACGGACUGUCGAUGUGUAUGAAAGUCCUAGCUGCAGGCAUCGUCUGCGGACAGAUGUCUCAUUAGAUUCAGUGACUGAGUUCUGCACCCUGACGAUGUUUAGAGGGGUUCGAAUGGUGCGCCUUUGACCUGAAGUGGUCGCUUUUUCUGGAGAUUUUUUGUUUUGAUCUUCUAUACACCCAAACUGACGAAAACUUUUUUACCCAUACAUCAAAGAAGGCCUUGAUGGCACUUUAGCAUUCUUCCCGUACCUUGUGCGGAACUUACGAAAUGUCAGGGAUGGUGAUUUUGUGGAGAGGUAAUGUUCAAUACAAAAUGCUUUCUGCUCCUUAUUAAACUGAACCAUGAUUUGGAUGAACAAAAGGAACUUGAAAAAUAAUAAUGUCUGCAAACUUCCGUAGGCCUGUACUGUUAGACUGCUGUAGCUUGCAAUAUGACGCAAUUGUUGCGACAUUUUGAGGUAAUGCGUACUGGUGGGCGUACUGUAAUAAAAGGGGCCAAAAGCAAAAAAUGGGUUGUUUUUUUUAUUUCGCAUUAUACUCCAGAAUUAUGUAGUGGAAUCAUCUAAAAUGAAUAUCAGUCAAAUUCCUUUUGAAUUAAGGAAUAUUGUGUUCAAAUGUGAAGACGAAAGCUUCGGUGUGGAGGAAAAUAUUUACGAAAAAAGUUGAAAACGUGUUGUUUUUUUUUAUCACCCUUUAUCUUGUGACGUGGAGUAUUGAAGUGCCUUAGAGAGUUUUCUUUGACCUUGCCUUUAUGUGGCUGCUGUACUGAGGUAGAGGUUCAUGUGUCUGCCGGAUCUGUUAAUACUGACAGCAGUAUUUAUGAAUGUGGGCCUGGUUGUUUUUAGUGUAAUUAAAGGGGUUGAUUUACCUUUUUAUAAUGGUUCUUUUCUAUGUGACAACUUUGUCUUAUAUAUAUAUACAUGUAUCAUACCUGGCUUGAAGAAUUUCUUUGCUCACCUAGUUUAUGCUUGCUCUUGAUCUAUGCUAACUACAUUUUGCAAUUGUGACACACAAAUGUAUGUGUAGUGACCAGAUUUUUAAAAAGAUUUUUUUAAAGAUGCGCAAAAUACGUCCUCCAGGCUUUUAAAAGUGAAAUUAUUAUAUUUUAUUCUGUUUUUGUCUUUUAUUUGCGUGAGUAGGCCUACAUCGCUAGUAAGUUCAUUUAAAUGUGUCAGUACUGUAAUCACAAUAGAUCUAUACUGUCUGCUGGGUCAAAUUUUUUCCCAGCAUCAUUUUUUUUUUUACAGCCACAAGUAUUAUCUACAUUUUUCUUUUAUGGAAAACUUGCAUAAUGUGCAUGUAAGUGGUAAGCUAUUUAAAAAAAUAUUUAAAGUGGAAAUGACAUAAUGCUACAAAGUUUAGUUUUUAUUUUAUCAUUUUUAGACCCAACUUGUGAACGGUACUUAUUCAAGUUAUUGCCUGUUAUUAUUUAGACAUGUGUUGCAUUUGCCUUGUCCUGAAUAAACAUUUCAUUCCUUAAA